AGCGAAGCUCCUCUGCACUGGGCCCAGGUGCGCUCCUCAGCGUCUCCGGGUGGCGGGGCGCGCGGGAUGGAGGAGGCUUGGGAGGCUGCGCCCGGAGGCCAAGCCGGGGCAGAGCUCCCAAUGGAGCCCGUGGGAAGCCUGGUCCCCACGCUGGAGCAGCCGCAGGUGCCCGCGAAGGUGCGACAACCUGAAGGUCCCGAAAGCAGCCCAAGUCCGGCCGGGGCCGUGGAGAAGGCGGCGGGCGCAGGCCUGGAGCCCUCGAGCAAGAAAAAGCCGUCUUCGCCUCGCCCCGGGUCCCCGCGCGUGCCGCCGCUCAGCCUGGGCUACGGGGUCUGCCCCGAGCCGCCGUCGCCUGGCCCCGCCUUGGUCAAGCUGCCCCGGAAUGGCGAGGCGCCCGGGGCUGAGCCUGCGCCCAGCGCCUGGGCGCCCAUGGAGCUGCAGGUAGAUGUGCGCGUGAAGCCCGUGGGCGCGGCCGGUGGCAGCAGCACGCCAUCGCCCAGGCCCUCCACGCGCUUCCUCACGGUGCCGGUGCCCGAGUCCCCUGCCUUCUCCCGCCACGCGGACCCGGCGCACCAGCUCCUGCUGCGCGCACCAUCCCAGGGCGGCACGUGGGGCCGCCGCUCGCCGCUGGCUGCAGCCCGGACGGAGAGCGGCUGCGACGCAGAGGGCCGGGCCAGCCCCGCGGAAGGAAGCGCCGGCUCCCCGGGCUCCCCCACGUGCUGCCGCUGCAAGGAGCUGGGGCUGGAGAAGGAGGAUGCGGCGCUGUUGCCCCGCGCGGGGUUGGACGGCGACGAGAAGCUGCCCCGGGCCGUAACGCUUACGGGGCUACCCAUGUACGUGAAGUCCCUGUACUGGGCCCUGGCGUUCAUGGCUGUGCUCCUGGCAGUCUCUGGGGUUGUCAUUGUGGUCCUGGCCUCAAGAGCAGGAGCCAGAUGCCAGCAAUGCCCCCCAGGCUGGGUGUUGUCCGAGGAGCACUGUUACUACUUCUCUGCAGAAGCGCAGGCCUGGGAAGCCAGCCAGGCUUUCUGCUCAGCCUACCACGCUACCCUCCCCCUGCUAAGCCACACCCAGGACUUCCUGGGCAGAUACCCAGUCUCCAGGCACUCCUGGGUGGGGGCCUGGCGAGGCCCCCAGGGCUGGCACUGGAUCGACGAGGCCCCCCUCCCGCCCCAGCUACUCCCUGAGGACGGCGAGGACAAUCUGGAUAUCAACUGUGGGGCCCUGGAGGAAGGCACGCUGGUGGCUGCAAACUGCAGCACUCCAAGACCCUGGGUCUGUGCCAAGGGGACCCAGUGAUCUGGGCUCUGCCUGGUCCUCAGCCUGCCAGGCAGAUGCAGCACCCCCUACAGGGGAGGCCAGUUGAGAGCUUGGGCAGCCUCUUCCUGGACCCAGUUAUCCAGGUCUUCAUGCUCUGCUCAAGGGGGCCACAUGAGCGAGCCUAGGAGCUGGACUUCAACCCAGGAAGAAGCAUCCGAGGGAAAGGAGAUUUUCUAUGGCCUCAGGCCUGAGUGCCAAUAUUAGUCUCCAGCUUCUGUGGAUGAUCGGUUUGAUGACAUUGGGAUGGUUGUUUAGCAUUUCUGUGCCUUGGUUUCAUUAAAAUGACAAUUUCCCCCUAGAGGAAAAAGACAGGGUUAACAACCACAGCGGAUUCCAAUCUGGGUUCUCAUUCCGGCUCAUGGAAAUGAGUCUGCCGUUGUUCAGUGGCAGUGGGACUUGGCAGGGAUAACGUCAUUGCUGUGAAUUCUAUUUCAGGCAGCUGGGUGUACAUCGGACACAGCCUACCGGCAGCCUCUGGAAAAUUAACCAAGGAAAAGGAGCGGUCAGCCCUGGAAGGAGGGGAGAGCAAGGUUUUCCUUCCCCACCCUGAGAGUUGGCAAGGGGUUGGCAGACAGGAAGGUUCUGGGUGGAGAUCCCGCAUGUGGGCUGGCCAACCCCUGGCACGCUGAUGCCCAAGGGUGAGACAAGGCAGAGAGGACAGGGCCACCUGGCAGGAGAAGCCAGGAGAGCACCCCAGCUUGGUAGGUGGAAGCUGAGGAGUCUGAGUGAGAAAGGAAAUCAGAGAAAUGCAGGCAGGUUCCAGGCAGCUCUUCUACCCACAGCUGCAGAGACGAUCAACCUGAAGAUGUCUCCAUGCUGGGGUGCAGUGAAGACCUUCAGGCUGGAGGAUGUGGCUGACAGAGUUGUGUAGUUCCUUGAGUCCAGCUAGACCUCCAAACAGCAGGAGCCUGGGCCUGCGUGUUGGCUUGGUGCUGAGCACGCACUCAACUGGCCCUUGCAAGCCAGCCUUCCCUCUAAAGUCAGACCAUGCACCCAGAUCCCUCCCAAACAGAAAUCCUUAUUGGUGCGUUUGAACCAGUAAUGGGCCGUCUGGGAGAAUGGGAUGGAGAGUCCUAGAUGGGAGAAAUUUCUCACACUGUAUUUUUCAUUAGUAUUAUUAUACUUUAAGUUCUGGGGUACAUGUGCAGAACGUGCAGGUUUGUUACAUAGGUAUACACAUGCCAUGGUGGUUUGCUGCACCCAUCAACUUGUCAUCUACAUUAGAAAUUUCUCCUAAUGCUAUCCCUGCCUUCUCACACUCCUGAAAGUAAUAACAAAAAGGGAAAUGGAGGCCGGGCACGGUGGCUCAUGCCUGUAAUCCCAGCAUUUUGGGAGGCCGAGGUGGGCGAAUCACAAGGUCAGGAGUUCGAGACCAGCCUGCCAGCCUGGCCAACAUGGUGAAACCCUGUCUCUACUAAAAACACAAAAAAUUAGCUGGGCGUGGUGGUGGGUGCCUGUAAUUCUAGCUACUCGGGAGGCUGGGGCAGGAGAAUUGCUUGAACCCAGGAGGCGGAGGUUGCAGUGAGCCGAGAUUGCGCCACUGCACUGCAGCCUGGGUGACAGUGCAAGACUCCGUCUCAAAAAAAAAAAAAAAAAGACAUGGAAAUUCCCUGGCUGGAUGUGAAAUGGGUGGCUCGCGUGGGGCAGGCGCCAAUCAAAAUACAUCCUAUGUGGGCAGGAAGCUGUGUAUGUUACCGCCCCCAUCCCCUGCCAUGUGUUCCCAGGAUCUGUGCCUGGAGAAAUGACACAUCUGUAGGUUAUGAGUAUACAGAACCUUAUCUAGCCUUCUCAGUACCUUUUAGAGAAGGGAAGUGUUGUACUCAGUGUUACCCAGCUAGAAAGUGGAAGGUCUAGAAUGAAACCCACUUGCUAUCUGACUCCAAAGGCCGCACUCUUUCCAUCCCAGCACGCAGUAGAGGAAUCUAGAAAGGUAUUAGUGGCAGCGGAGUGGGAAGCCAUCAGGUGGAGUGAGGGAGAAAGGAGGUACCAAGUUGUUUUACACUUGUGAUAAUCGACUCCCUUGGUUAUCUGUUGCUUUAUAACAAAAAAAAAAAUUUUUUUUUGAGGCCGAGUCUCGCUCUGUCGCCAGGCUGGAGCACAGUGUCACUGUCUCGGCUCACCGCAACCUCCGCCUCCUGGGUUCAAAUGAUUCUCCUGCCUCAGCCUCCUGAGUAGCUGGGACUAUAGGCAUCUACCACCAUGCCCAGCUAAUUUUUGUAUUUUUAGUAGAGAUGGGGUUUCACUAUGUUGGCCAGGCUGGUCUCGAACUCCUGACCUUAGGUGAGCCGCCUGCCUCGGCCUCCCAAAGUGCUGGGGUUACAGGCGUGAGCCACGGUGCACGGCCUGCUUUAUAACAAAUUGUCCCCAAACUUAGCAACAACUAUUUGCCCCAGACAACUGUUUUUCCCCCUUCAUUCUAUGGAUUGACCAGGCAGUUCUGCUUUAGAUGGUAUUGGAUGGAGCCCUGGAAUGGCUGAAAAGUCCAAAAUGGCCUGACUUGCUCAGCCAGCAAUGCGGUGCAGGCUCCUAGCUGGGGCCUUAGUUCUCCUGCACCUGCGGCUCUCCAUAUGGCUGCUUGGACUUCCUCAUAGCAUGGCAGAUGGAUUACGAGAAGGAGCAUUCCCAAAUAAAGGACCACAUAAGCUAGAUCUCUGGAGGGCUAGCCUCAGAAGUCACCCAGUGUCACAUGGGCCACAUUUUAGUGGUUACAGGGCCAGCCAGUUUGAAGGGGAAGAGAAAUAUGUCUCUGUUUAUGCUGUGUCCAGUGCUAGCUUGCUACCUGCUCUCCCAGUUCCAGUGCUCAGUGCAGCACUGGCAGAACAGAAGUACUUACUGAGUUAAAAACAGCAACAUCCAAGACAAUUGUUAACUUUUAAAACUGUCUCCCAUCCCAGAAGGUAUAACUAAAAAACUAACAAUAAAAAUAAUAGUAAUAAAUAAUAAUAAAAUAAUAAAAAUAAAACUGAUUGUGUCUGAAAUAUCAAACAAUUUAAAAAUGGCUUUGUAAGUGCCUGUGGGACUUCUGAAUUCAUCAAGAUAAUUGUUAAUAUGGCCAGGCGCAGUGGCUCACCCCUGUAAUCCCAGCACUUUGGGAGGCCACAGUGGGCAGAUCACAAGGUCAAGAGUUCGAGACCAGCCUGGCUAACACGGUGAAACCCCAUCUCUACUGAAAAUACAAAAAAUUAGCCGGGCGUGGUGGCAGGCACCUGUAGUCCCAGCUACUCGGGAGGCUGAGACA